CAGUGCUGUGCGGUGCGGCGGUGGCGACAGCGGCGUGGCGUCGCCGACGCGGACCGACGGGCGGCGGAUCCCGACGCACUCGGAACGCGGCACCAGCAUGGCCCCGCAGGCGGACAAGAACGCUGCGAUGUCAAGGUAUACUGCUAGUCGGCCAGCGAGAUAGUAGUUGUAGUUGAGCUCGGUCUAGUCGCCUUCCGACCGACGAGGCAAAGGCGUCAAAAUCGGCAAGAACUCGAAGAGAAGUAUUGCUGUUGAGCUUGUUUUUCUGAACGCACGGAACCGUGCGUCAAAUGCCAAUGUAUGGGCAUAAAACAUCAUCUCCCGGAGGGUCGUCUGCCGUUCAUUCGGACGAUGAGCAUGGAGCAGCGCUGGCAGGACCUGGCCAGCCUGCUGUCGCUGCCUCCACAGGACCCCAACAUGACGCACGCCCACCAGCACAUGCUGGCCACGCACCACGGCCACGGCUACCCGUACCCGGCCGCGUACGGGCCGGCCGGCCACCCGGACAUGGCGCGCUCGGUGCUGCUGCAAAACGCCAGCCUGGCACCGCCCGUCGGCGACCUGGCCGCCAACGGCAGCUACGCCAACGUCAGCAUGGGGAGUGUCUCCCACAUCGGCUCGGCGGUGGUCUCUUCGAUGAACCUGACCACGGACGGGCUUCACGCGCACGCGGCCGCCACUAGCGCCGCCGGUGCCGAAAUGAUGUACUACCCGAGCACGGCCGCGGCGCCGGGCGCGGCCGGCCCCGAGCCGGCGCCGGCCGGCGGCCCCGACGGCGGAUUCCUCUCGCAGAUACUCGGCGUCGACGAGCUGCAGCUGAUGGAGAUGCCCAUUGCCGACGGUCAUCCUGAGUGGGUCAGCACGAGCGGGGCGGACGACCAGUACUCCUCGCCGGCCGACUAUGCCAAGGCUUCGCAGGCUCAUCGGCUGUACGAGUACGGCGGGUACCGGGCGGCGGCGGCGGCGGCGUCUCCGGCGGCGCCUGGCCAGCCGCACGACUCCCGGGCCGCCAGUCUGCCGGUCGCUCAGAAGAAGCACCAGAUGUUCGGCAAACGCUACUUUCAGGGCCCGGACGGUGCGUACGGCGGCUCGGGCCCGGCCGGCGCGAGCGUGCUGCCGCCGGGCUCGCCGUCGCCAGCAGCAACGCUCAAAUACACGCCGUACGGGGCGGAGGGCGGUGCGCCGGCCGGCCACCCUGCCUACCCGCCGGCCACGCCCGGCGCCGCCGAAGCCGCCGCCGGCCUCGACUCGCCGGAGCUCAAGUACAGCUGCAGCAUGGACUUCAUGAGGGGGCACCCUGGUGGCGACCGGAUGGGUCUGGUGUCGCACAACCACAGCUACCACCUGCCGCCGCAGACAGAGGGCCCCAGCGGCGUGCAGCGGCCCCUGGCCAGGGACAAACACGGCGAGCGUCCCAAGGAGCACCUGACGCGGGACGAGAAGCGCGCGCGCGCCAUGAGCAUCCCCCUCAGCACGGACGACAUCAUCCACCUGCCGAUGGAUGAGUUCAACGAGCGGCUCUCCAAGCACGAUCUGACCGAGGCGCAGCUCAGCCUCAUUAGGGACAUCCGGCGGCGCGGCAAGAAUAAGCUGGCCGCGCAGAACUGUCGCAAGCGGAAGCUGGACCAGAUCCUGACGUUGGCCGAGGAGGUGCAGCGCGCCAAGGACCAGAAGCAGCAGACGCUGGCCGACCACCAGUUCCUGAGCCAGGAGCGCAGCCGCAUCAAGGAGAAGUACUCGCAGCUGUACAGACACGUCUUCCAGUCGUUACGGGACCCGGACGGCAACCCGUACUCGCCGCUCGAGUACAGCCUGCAGCAGUCGGCAGACGGCAGCAUCCUGCUGGUGCCGCGCAACGCCACCAGCGGCGCCACCGUCGAGCCCGACCCGUCCACCGGCGCGCGGCGCAAGCAGCGCGACCCGCAGAAGCCUGAGUGAGCGGCC